AUGAAUAAUGGGGCAUACAUUAGCUUUAUGUUUAAUACAAGAUUUGGAAAAUUAAAGAAACUAUAUUUACAAAAUACUUCAAGAGGUGUAGAUGGCGUGCACAAGAACGAAGGGAGACUUCUAACUGAACAACCGCUCUCACAUUUAGAUUACAAUCGUUCAAUUAUUGAAUGCGUUCAUGAGUCUAAAGAAAGAAAUGAAUCAAGAAAGUACUGUCACUUUUUUGGUUAG